AAUUCAUCUUUGGUUUUGUUAAUUUGUAAUUAAAAAUCAUUAAUAUUUUUCAAAAACAAAACUUUUUUUAAUUAUCAUCGUCGUCAUCAUCGUCUGUCAGUCAUAAAUCAUGUUGACUAUUAAAACACCAGAUAUCAAUGAUCUUCAUCAUCAUGUUCAUCAUCAACAAAAUCAUCAACAAAUCAAUUAUCGUCAAUUAUCAUCAUCAUUACCAUCAUCUAAUUUGGAACAAUUAGAUACAUCAUCAUCAUCAUUGUUAACAUCGAACAAUCAUCAACAACAACAACAACAAACACGUUCAUCAUUGAUAUUAACUGAUCAUCAUUCAUCAAUAACGAUGGCUAUUGCAACACAAAUAACAUCCACAUCACAACAACAACAACAACCGCCGCUGCAACAACCUCAACUGCCGCAAUUGCAAACAAUGAUACAAUCGCAACAACAGCAGACGCAACAACUGCAAACGCAGCAACAUUUGCAGAUGCAAACGCAACAGACGCAACAACAAAAACAUAUCGAUAAUAUUGAUCGUAUGAUUGGAAUCAUAUUUGUACAGGAAACAUUUAUAAAUAAUUAUGAUAAUAGUAGAUUAAUUUAUCCAAAUGAAAUAUGUUUGGGUACAAUAAUCUUAUCCAAAUAUAAUCAUUUAAUUUAUGCAAAUUCAUUACGUAAAUUAAUCAAACAAGAAUCAAUAUUUCAAAUGGAUGAUAAUUUUGUUUUCAUAUCACCAUUUGGUUGUAUAAUAUCCCAGGAACAAGAAUCACAAAUAUUAAUUUGUUAUUUAAUAACGGAAAAAAAUACAAUACAAUUACGACGAAAACCUAAACAAAAUUGUUUUUCAUUAAUAGGAUUUUAUUCAACAACAAAUCAAUCAUCAUUACCUUUGACAAUAUUUAUUGAUUAUAUUUAUGCAAAUUAUUAUUUAGAUUUAAAACAAUUACGAACAAUAAUUGAUGAUAAACUUGAAGAUAUGAAACCAGUAAAUCGAUUAAAAUUAUCAAAUCAAACAUAUUAUUUUCGUAAAUCAUCUGGUUUGAUUAUCAAUCCAUUAAAUGAAUCGAAUAUUCAUUUAAUUGAAAUAAUUAAUUAUUCAAAUAUUAUGAUUGAAUUUGAACGAUCAUCAUUAUCAAUACAAGAUUUUACAGAUCAAAGAAAUUUAAUUGCAUUUAAUCAAGAUCGUUCGGUUAAGAAAUUUAUUGAAGAUAUUCCAACAUCAUCGACAACGACGACAGCAUUAACAACAACAACCAAAACAAACAAUAACAACCAUAAUAAUAUCGAAGGAAGAUCAGAUUCGAUAUUGAUAAAAAAUCGUCCAUCACGUUCGAUAUAUCGAAGGAAAACAACGAAAAAACGUAUUAAACAAAUUAUGAUUAGUUAUGUUCGUCAUGAAGCUGCUGAUCAUGCAUUACAAUUAAAAAAAUCAUUACUUGAAUGUGGUUUUUCGGUUUAUCUGGAUGUACAUGAAAUACAAAUGGGUAGCGAUUGGCAAGAUUCAUUAAAUUCAGCUGUACAAAAUUGUAAUUAUUUUGUUCCAUUAAUAACACAAAAUUAUGGCCGUACACAAUGGACGAAUAGAGAGAUAAAAUUAGCCGAUAUUAAACAAAAACAUAUCAUACCGAUAAAUUUUUUAGAUUUAUGGCCACCCGAAUGUUUAGCAAUACAAUUUGCAACCACUCAAUACAUAUCAUGGAAUCCACAUUCAGAUUCAAAUGAACCAAAUAAUCGUUAUGAUGGUAAAACAUGGCCUAUUGAAGAAAUAUGGGAAGUAACAAAUUUAAUAAAAGAAAGAAUAAAUAAAUUAUCAUUACGUGUAACAUCGACAACUAUUAAUGAAGAUUUGCCAUCAAUACAACAACAAGAUAAUAAAAAUCAUUAUCAAUCACAACAACAACAACAACAACAACAACAAUCAGAACAACAACAACAACAACAAACAACAACAAGAAAAUUAAUUGUUAUUAGUUCACAUCCCGAACAGCAACAAGAAUCGGCAAGAAUUAAAUCAAUUUUAUCGGAUAAAUAUGAUGUUUGGUGUAGUAAUGAUUUUAAAGAUUUGGUUGGUACAAAAAUAAUGAAUAAUAAUCAUCCAAAUAAUCAACCACCAUCAUCAUCAUCAUCAUCAACAUCAACAUCAUUUAAAAAUCGUUUUGAUCAAGAUCUAACGACAAUUAGUGAAGAAAAUUCUACAUUAACCCGUUCGACACAGGAUUAUGCACGUCAUAUUGCUGAAAGUUGUAAACAACGGCCAAAAUCCGUACCAAAUCCCGAUCGUUUAACAAUAAAUAAGAAAAAAGAAUUAAGUCGUGUAUUUUCAUGCGGUGAAACAACACAUCAUUCAUCAUUCAGUGCUGAUAAAUUAGAUCAUUUACAAUGUUUUCAGAAAAAAGUAUCACAAUCAUCAUUAGUUAUAAUAUUAUCAUCGAAAAAAUAUUUUAAUUCAAAAACAUCGGAAGAACAUGUUUAUUAUUGUGGACAACGUUUUAAAGCAAUACAUGUACAAUAUGAUGAUAGUCCAUCACCAGUUUGGUUUACCAAAUUGAUUAGUCAUGAAAAAUUGAAAUAUAAAAGUCCAACAUUUGAAAAUGAUCUAUUAAAUCGAAUCAGUCGUACAUUAGAUCCAGAUUGUAAAGAAAUAAAAUAUGAUGAUCAAAUUAUUAAUUGUUUAGCUGAUAUGAUGAAAAAAAAUAUGCCCGAUCAGGAAACAUGUGUGUUUGUAUUCGGUAGUACAAAUACAGAUAAUUUAGAUCCCCGAACAAAUCAAAUAUGUAAAGAAAUUGGUAAAGAAUUAGCAAAACUUGUAAAAAAUAUAAAUAUUAUAACAAAUGGUACAUAUGGUGCUGGUGAUAUUGUUGCACAUACAUUUUAUGAAGAAUGUCGUACAAAUCAUUCAUCACAAAAAUCUACUGGUUCAGUUGUACAUAUUAUACCACAACGACAAGAUGAUGAUCAAGAUAUAACACCGGAAAAAGUUUCAUAUGGACAGACAAUAUUUUUAGGACAAUCAACUAAACAAAGAGAUUCGGUUAUUGCACGUAUGUUAGAUACGGCAUUAUUGAUUGGUGGUGAUAAAGAUGCUGCAAGAGAAAUUGAAGAAUUUAUAUGGAAUGAUCAUUUUGUUAUACCAAUAAAAUCAACUGGUGGUGCAGCGGGUGGUGAAUUUGAAGUACCACAAAAAAUGUUCAAUUGUCCGAUUGGUGUUGAUGAAAAAAAUUGGCAAAUAUUAUCGGAAACGAAUGCAACACCACGUGAAGUUGCUAAAGCUGUUGUUAAUAUAAUAUUUCAAUUGAAAAAAGCAAUAUAUGAACAUGCAAGUAGUAGACAAAAUAUUAUUAUUGAUAAUAAUAAUUUAGUUGAAAAACAAAAUAAAUCAUCAUUAACAAAUGAUCAUCGACAAAUUAAAAGACGUUUAGCUAAUAGAAAAAAAUUAAAUACCGGUUCAGUGAAUAGUAAUAAUGUUAGCAAAACAGAAUUGAAUCAUAAUCAUCAAUAUUUUAAUCAUAAUGGUCAAACAACAACAUUACGAUCAACAACAUCAUCAUCAACAAUAGCAACAAUUGAACAACAACGAUCAUUACCAUUAUGGUCAAAAUCAAUUUCAAGUGAAGAUUCAAGUAAUUUAAGUAAUAGUGAUUCUGGUGAUCUGAAUGGUAAUAAUAGUGGUAUUGAUAAUAUUGAUGGUAAUAUUGUUCAUCUACUAAAUAAUAAUAAUGAUAAUAAUAAUACAAUGAAUCGUUUACGAAAAUUUUUUCAUCGAAUACUUUUUAGAAAAAAAGAACGAUCAUCAAUCUAA